GCGCUGCUGCCCCCGCUGUUACUGCGCCUGCUGCUGCUCCUGCCGCAGCUGCAGCCCCGGCGUGCGGCCGCAGUGCCUCGGCCGGAACAGCCAGCACCGAGUUAGCCAGCCUGGCCACAGCCGAGGGAAUGCGGCAGGAGCCCCAGAGGUCACCGCAGCGAGGUUGAGCGUGGACUCCAAGGAAUAACMAGCCAAACCCGCCGGGGAUUUGCAAUGCAAGCAGCCUUUCCAGGUUUCUUUUCUGCUUUGCUCCCACCCUGCUGUUGGAUUUGAGAUCAUGUCGGUUAAUAUUGUAGCUUUUGGGAAUGAAAGAGAUGGUUUUUCUGAGGGCAAUCAGCAGCCCAGCCUGAUCUGGAGCUACCUCGGGAGAAGUGCUCUCAUUUCCCAAAUCGACAGCAGCUUGUCUGCAAGUCACGUUGGAAACCCAGUUUUUUCUGAGUAUCAAGCCUGUGUGUUUGGAAAUGUCAGACUGGUGGUGCACGACUGUCCUGUCUGGGAUAUAUUUGACAGUGACUGGUACACCUCCUGCAGGCUCAUUGGAGGAGCUGAUAUUAUUGUGAUUAAAUAUUCUGUCAAUGACAAGGCUUCAUUUCAAGAACUAAAGGACAGCUAUGUKCCAAUGGUAAAAAAAGCGUUAAACCACUGCUCGGUUCCAGUGAUCAUUUCUGCUAUUGGUGCAAGAAAAAAUGGAGUGCCUUGCACCUGUCCUCUGUGCACUUCAGACAGGAGGAGCUGUGUCACAACCUCUGAGGGAGUUCAGCUUGCAAAGGAACUCGGAGCCACUUACCUUGAGCUGCACACCCUUAAUGACUUCUACAUACAGAAAUACUUUGGAGGAGUGCUGGAAUAUUUUAUGAUCCAAAGUUUGAAUCAGAAGUCAUCUGAAAAAAUGAAGAAAAGGAAGAAGACACAGAAGUGUCAUCGAGUCCAGCCACCUCAGCUUGAACAGCCAGAAAAAAUGCCAAUCCUGAAGGGCGAAGCCUCGCACUACAACGCAGACCUGCACAACCUUCUCUGCUGCUGCCAGUGUGCAGAUGUGGCCUUCUACCCCGAGGACCUCAGCACAGCGGUGGAGGCUCACAAGAUCAUCCUCUGCUCUGUCAGCCACCUCUUCAUGCUGCUGUUCGGGGUGAAGAGCCCAUCCGAUGCCCAUGACGCCUCUACGGUGCAGCUGGCACAGAGUCUCUUCACAGUGGAGACGGGGGAUCCCUUGCCCUUGUCCCCCCGAGGUGUCCCAUCCUGUGUGCCACCAGUCAGGGUGGUGGUGAAGGAUUCUGUCUUCUGUGCUUGUCUCCCAGACAUCCUCCACUUCAUUUACUCAGGUGCUUUCCAGUGGGAACGAUUAGAAGAGGACAUAAAGAAGAAGUUGAAGGAUCCAGAAAAAACAGAGCAUGUGCUUGAAAAAGUUAAAUGCAUCCUGAAAACUCCAGGAAAGCUUAACUCUGUAAAGGAUUGCAGGUCUCACCAGAUUAAACGGCUCUAUAACACUUCUCUCAGGCUAUUUUUUAACACGCCUGUCCUGGCUGAUGUCAUCUUCAAAAUACAAGGUGCAACUGUGCCAGCCCACAGGGCAGUUCUGGUGGCCCGCUGUGAGGUUAUGGCUGCUAUGUUUAAUGGUAAUUAUCUGGAAGCAAACAGCAUUCUGGUUCCAGUUUAUGGGGUUUCCAAAGACACUUUCCUCUCCUUCCUAGAGUACCUUUACACYGACUCCUGCUGCCCAGCCAGUAUUCUCCAAGCGAUGUCUCUGCUGAUCUGUGCAGAGAUGUACCAAGUAAUGAGACUCCAGCAUAUUUGUGAACUUUACAUCAUCACGCAGCUUCAGAGCAUGCCUAGCAGGGAACUGGCAUCCACAAGCCUCAGUAUUGUUAGCUUGCUCAAAAAAGCUAAGUUUCACAAUUCUGAUUGCCUUUCAACUUGGCUUCUUCAUUUUAUUGCCACUAACUACCUCAUCUUCAGUCAAAAGCCUGAAUUUCAAGAACUUUCAGUGGAAGAGCGCAAUUUUGUAGAGAUGCACCGAUGGCCUUCCAACUUGUACCUGAAGCAGCUUGCUGAUUACAGGAACUAUAUCCACUCUCAGAAAUGCCACUGCGCAGUAAUGUAAGGAGACUGAAUACAGACAAAAUGCAUCUCAACUGCAGAUUUUCAGAUUGGGGAUUACAUAGAAUAUAAAAACAGYGUCAAGAGUGAAACCUGAUGCUGACCUCCUCUGGAACUUACAGACAUUCUUUGUUUUGCUAACAAAUUACUCUAAUUUUUACCUUGAAGCAUUGAGAAAUAUAUGUUGAAGAUUUAUUUAAGCACAAAGACUUCAUGGGGAUUAAAUGUAGUACAGGACAGUGCCAUGACUGGCAUCUGUUCCCCUUACUAAUUUCUUUAUUGUUUAUUUUAUUGUUUUUCUUGGUUAUUUGUGGCUGCUAAACUGAAUCUGUUGAAAAUAGACUGGUUUUGUAAAUCUGUGUGUAAUAGAAGCAUAGGACCACAGUAGCAGUUCAGGGAAGCUGAGAAACAAAGUAAUAAAUUCUUCAUAUAUUUCAGAAAGCAAAAUUUUAUGCAGCAUUUGUUAAACAAUAUAAAGGGUAGGCUUACUAAGGAUUGUAGUUGCUAUUAAUUUAUUACUUCAGAGAAAGCCUGUAGUUCUGUUACAAUCCUAUGAGUAGAUAUUUUAAUUCCAGAGGAAUGCCUGUGCAUCACUGUAUCUCUAGUGCCUCCCAAAUAUCAAAAAAGACAUAAUUUUUCCUACCAGUAACUAGGAGAAGAAAGCCUAUUUUAACCAUUUGCAAAACACCUUUGUUAGUAUGGUCAUAUUGUAUUUUUCCCCAUAAGAAAUAAAGAUAUGGAGAACUACAUAAGCUCUGACCAUGUCCAUAUGGUACUGAUGGAUGAGGAAGAAAGGCAGAGGGGUCAAUAGCCUUUCAUGGCGUUUGAGAGGGAAAACUCAUUAUCAGAAGUGGCUUUUUUGGGAAAAGUCUGUCUUGUAAUCAUAGGUCCCCACAACAGUUGGCAGCAUAAAUGUUGGAUGUGCUGGCCAUACAGGAGGUGACCUUCAUGGAUUUGCCAGCACUGCCAGGGAUGUCAGCUUUUGUGGUGGGACUUUGAGCUCAACCCUCCCCAGUGGGGACUUAGCUCAACUUUAGUUGUCAUCCUGUCCUCAGAAGCUACAUCAUGUGAGAGAAACCUAACAAUGGAUCCUGAGAUACAACAGAAGAACCCAGAAUAUCAUGAUACUUGCAGAUGCUGUUUAGAAUUUUAUUGACCUGCAUAACUCAUCAUGCUGUUGACUUGCGGGUGCAUAGGAUGUGCUAAUGCCUUUACCUGAGCCCAGGUGCUUUUCUAGAAGCGAAAUCCAAUCUAAUCAAGAAACUAAAUGCCUCUGUAUCAUUCUUGCUCGAAGUAUUAAAAGUUUGCUUUUUCAUCUACCUUCGUAAUUUGGUAUGUACCCUGAGGCUUUGGCAUUUCCUCAAUAUCCACCACAUCAAAUGUAUCUGGAAACUGCACAGAGAAGAAGAAGGUAGGAAAGCAAAUGGCUGGAGCUGAAGUUUUUGGUUUUUUUGUUUUUUUUUUUUCUUUUCUUUUUAAAGCUAUAAGAAUUGUUUUAUUUUUCAAUACAGUUUUAUAGGUAAAUUAUUCUUUCCAAAUUCCAUUCUAGGGUCACAAAGAUUUUCUUCUUCCUGGUGAUACUUUGCAGAACUUGAGGGGUGUUUCCUUCUCUAUUUUUGUAUACACACAAAAUAAAAGAGUAUGACUCAGCUGGCUGCUGCAGACUCAAAUUUUUGAGGUUAGUUUUAUGCGAGAAUGAUUUUUUUUUUUUUUAAACUUUGAAUCUGUGAAUCCUGAAGUUCUUUAGAAGACAAAUAUACUUAUCUACAUCUCAUAUAUAAGGAGUCUGAAAUAUAGAGCAUUACCUUGCCAUUUCAAGAGAAUUAAAGAAAACCAAAAUGAUUAAAGAAAAAAAAAUAAUUUGGAAAGUAAUAAAUAUAGAACUUAAAUGUGAAACAAGUAAUUUUUUUCAUUAUAUAGUUAUCAAAAAAGUUAAGCAAAAAUUAACUGUAUAGAUAAGAAUAAAACUGUAAUUUUUUUUUAAGCUUAAAGUCAUAGAAAAAUAUGCACAUGCAGCUGAACUACAGCUUGUCUGAACAUCUGACAGCAUCCUCGRAUGCUUCUACCAGAAGCCAGCUCAAUUAUCAGUAGUGGGGAUUAAAUGCUUCAUACUGACAUCCUGUGCAAAAGUGACACAAAAGCUUCAUGAAUGUUUGUCUGUGCUGAAUAUAGUCCUGAAUAUUUAAUACUUUAAAAGCUUUCCCAGGUUUUUCUCUAGGAGUUAGUCUGUUGCAAAUGAUUUGUGUAUGGAUGACAAAUUAGAAAAUACUGGUUUUAAUUUUCUGUAAAUGUUUUAUAGGCAUUCAAAACUAGGCUUAAUGGAAAUACAAACCCUUUAUAUCCAAACCAGAGAAAUAUUUUGCUAUUGCACAUUUUAGUCAGUGGUAGCCUCAUGUUUUAUACAGAGAAGUCAGGCAGUAUAAAAAUAUUUAUUAUUCAUUCAGAGUUUAAUGCAUACUACUAUUCAGAAAAUAAACCAUGUCUCCAUUUUAAUGAGUAACCCCAUAAUGCUGCCUGUAUCAGGUGCAGAUGUGCUGUACUUCCAGACAUAAACCAUCUGAUAAAUUUUAAUUCUUAGAAGAAUUCAUACUAUAAAUUCUAAUUUUCAUUCUCUAAGAUGACUUUCUGUGGAAAUGUAGUAGUCUUAAAGCUAUUUUUAAAACAUACUUUUAGCAUUUAGAAACAUGACUGAAAAUAGAUAAUGAUGCUUUGUGAGUUGUUAUUGGCAGCUGGUUUUAGUGGAGGCUUUAGGACUGUGUCCAUCACAGAUAGUCAGGACUUAGGGCAGUACUUAAUUUGGUAUUUAUUUAUUUAUAACUGUGUAUGGCAUAAAGUAAAAAUUGCUAUAACAGCCCCCCCAUUUCCCCCCCUUAUACUAUGGUAUAAUAUAAAAAUCAGGUACAAACUGAAAAAAAGAAAAAGUUAUUUAAGGAAGUGGUCUUGAAAAAAUAAAAUGUUUCUGGAAUGCUUCCACUGAUUCCAACACCUCCCAAACUCCCCUGGCCCAGGCAGCAUUGGGAUCAAAUAAGAAGGUCAGUGGUGAAUAUGAACAGUACCUUAAGCAGUACUCAGAGUAUUUGAGAUUAUAUAUUUAGGCUUAAUUUUAAGUAGAGAUGCAACUCCCAAGUCCUUCAUUAGAGCUAACGCUCAAAAUUAACUUGUAUAAUUUUUUGAAUAAUGAAUUACACCCUUAACUCUUGCUCUCCAUUAUAUGUGUGUUCUUUUCCCAAACUAGCACUAAGCUUUAUAGAGACUAACACAGAAAGCUUUCUGCUCUAAUAAGGUUUUCCACAUGAUUGUGAGAAAACCUCUGCUAUUGUCCUUACGCCAUGGUUUGCUUGAUUUGAAAAAAAAACAAAAAAAAACCAAAAAAACCCUGUUAGAAAAAAGAAUAACUAUUUUAUUAGGCAUGUCCUGAAAUUCUGGUAUGUCUUUCUUUUAAUGUACCCUGACUAAAUUAUGCCUUUUUAGAUUGAAUAUGUAAAAUUUUGAUA